AUGAAAUCCACCACCGCCCGUCUCGUCAGCCACAUCCCCCGCCCUCAAUCCUACAUCGUAGCAUCCAAACGUACCCCCUUUGGCGCUUUCGGCGGCAAGCUGAAAGAGUUCAAAGCCUCGGAGCUGGGUGGGAUUGCAGGUAAAGCUGCGCUGGCUGAUCUGCCUUCUGAAGUCCAGGUCGACCAAGUCUUCUUCGGUAACGUCACGCAGACAGACAACUCUACACCAUACCUCGCGCGCCACGUCGGGCACCUCUCCGGUCUCGGCCCCACCGCAUGCCCCAACCCCUCAUACCUGGACGAACCCAAACUGACACGCUUCCCUGAUAGACUCUGUGGAUCAGGGUUCCAGACAGCCAUCAACGCCGUCCAAACCAUCUCUCUCAGCGAAGCGGACGUCUGCCUUACGGGCGGUACGGAAGCUAUGAGUAUGAGUCCUUACACCCUCAGUGGUCUCACCAGAUAUGGAACGCGAUAUGGCGUCAAUCUCGUACAAGAAGAUUCGUUGGCGGCUGCUUUGACUGAUCAGAACCCUGGGGGCGAGAAGACGCCUAUGGGCAUGACGGCUGAGAACCUUGCCAAAAAGUACAACAUCACCCGAGAUGAAUGCGACGCAUACGCCCUCAUGUCCCAAACCCGCUACGCCGAAGCCCUCUCCUCCGGCGCCUUCUCCUCCGAACUAACCUCCAUCCCCCUCAAACCCCUCAAAUCCAUCCCCCAAUCCAUCUCUUCCGACGAACAUCCCCGCCCCCAAACCACCCUCUCCUCCCUCUCCAAGCUCCCCUCCGUGUUCAUCCCCAAGACGGGGGUGGUCACGGCGGGCAAUGCAUCAGGGAUAUGUGAUGGUGCAGCAGCGAAUGUGAUCAUGAGUGAAAACGCCGUAAAGAAGUGGGGGGUGGAACCGUUGGUUAGGGUGGCGGGGUAUGGGUGGAGUGCUUGUGAGCCCGAGAUUAUGGGUAUCGGCCCGGUCGUUUCGGUGAGGGAGGCGCUGAAGAAGGCGGGGAGGGGGUUGGGUGAUAUGGACAUUAUCGAACUCAACGAAGCGUUCGCAGCCCAAUGGCUCGCCGUCCAAAAAGAACUCGAACUCCCCACAGAAAAAACAAACAUAUUCGGCGGCGCCAUCGCCCUCGGCCACCCGCUCGCUGCCUCCGGCGCGCGCAUUUUGGGGAAUCUGAGCCAUAACUUACAUAGGAUGGAUAAGAAGUGGGCGUUGGGGGCCGCUUGUAUUGGGGGUGGGCAGGGGAUUGCUGUUGUUUUGGAGAGGUGUUGA